GUCGAGAAUCCUCAGGUCAAGGCUCCUGAGGAAGAGAGCGACAGCAUCGUCACACCAGCAAAGGAUACGGCUGAGAGGCUGCACCUCGACAAUGCUCCUAUAGUCCCACCUGCAGACCUGCCCACCGACAACGACACGUCUAGGCGACCGCUGUUGAAACGCGACUCGUCAGCACCACCGCCCAAACAGCAAACACCCGCCGUGCCUGACCUGGACCCCAGCCAGGAUCCUCCCGAUUCCCUGACACUUGCCCAACUCAAGAGUCUCCGAGCUGGCUUCCCCGUUCUCCAAGCCCACCUCCAACAACCCGUCCCCUUGUCCACCGUCUACGACUUUGAAUACCGGGACUCGCAGUCCUUCCCCGUCGAGCUCGAAGAAUGGUUCACCUACAGCGAGAAAGAGAGGUCCAAACUACGUCAGGUCAAUGCCGCCUUUGAUCACGCAUGGAAGGCACACACUGCUCAAGACCCUGUCCCGGAUUGGACUGCCUCACCGCAGUUGGGCAUGAAUUUUGUUGCCAAUCUGCUACACGACCUGCAACUCGGCUCUCCCCACCAGCAGAACACGGCUCUUCAAGUCUUGACAUACAUCUCUCUGGGUACAUGGCAAGAGACCGCUGGUAGAGAAACGCCCAGUCCCUUCUUCGCCGUUCUCGGUUCCAACCAACCACAGGUCACAGCUGGCCUCCCCAACUAUGCUGGUGCAACAUUUCAGAUUCAAAUCAUGAUCAACACUCUCUGCAUGCUCGCACAGCAAGGUGCUGUACCACUCGUAUAUGCUCUUAUGAAGUCUGUGUGUGAAAGGGACCUCACUGCUUCGGCUCAGAACGAACAUGUAUCCGCUUCCUCAAAGUUUGCCGAGGGUGACGAGAGCAUUGAUGUCUGGUGCACUUUGACACUAAUCUAUCUAUUUGUCGAACUGAGCCGCAUCUCCGAAGAAUCCGAUUUGUUGAUUACUUGCACAAACAUGAUUGCUCAAAUGAGGUGGGACGACUUUGCCCCUGUUCCUCAGACCAAGACUAUUCUCAUCUCUUUUGGUGGUAUUGAGAAAGCCGACAAGGUCAAAUGUUCAUUCCACGAUAAUGUCGGCGAGAAGGACGAACGCGGCCAUCCACUCAUCACUGCCUCCCCACUAGACUACCAUCUUUUCCGACAAGAGAUCACCUCGAAAUAUCCUGCUUACCAACCACCGCCGCCAUUGUUUGCGUUCGAGCCUGAGAAUAACACCAUCUUGCCUCCGCUUCGUCACAGACAAACAAAGAUCGACAGCAAUGACAACACUGCAUCCACAGGGACUGGUGUACACGGUGCUUCAAUUCUACAUCAGGCAGUGCACAUCGCCACUCCAGCACCAUCACCUCCGCCUUCUCCAGCGGGGCCAGGAGGUAAGGGCGGUAAGAAGCAAAACUAUCAGACUAACCAAAUGUUCCCAUUCCUCUACCCACCUUUGGACGAAUCGAGCAACGAUUUAGGUGGAAAGGGCUCUACUGAAUUGCAAGAUGCUCUAGCAGGCAGAAAAUGGAGAGGAAGUGAUGUUCCAGCUUCCAUUCUCGAAGCUGCUGACUUGUUCUCCAAACGUAUGAGGGCCACUAGAGCAAUGAAACAGCUCUGGGAUACUAGAAUCGACUACAUGAAAUUCGAGAGGGGCUGGUCAGACUCCAACGAUGACUUUGACGUGGAGAAACUCGAUCUCUAUGAGCCUCAGGAGAAUGGCUUUUCCGUAUCUGAGCACGAGGACACUGCGAAAGAACCAGAGAAAGAAAAGGAUCAAGAACCUUUGUCGGAGAAUGACAGGAUUCUAGAGGCAGUUGCACAAUUCUAUCGCGACGUCUUGCCGCAAAUGCAGUCCGUUGUCUUUGUGCUGCUCAAAGGUAUGGCCAGGGUCUAUGCAGAUACUACUGCCAAUCCACAAGCUCAGGCUUUUGAAAAUGGCCAUGUUCCUGAUGGCAUCUCAAUUUCUGCGGAACAAGUCGAUGCUUCACGUUCCACAGAAAUCACCGGCAAAGCUAUANUUCUUCGUUUCGAGUAUCUAAAUCAACUGCUCCUCGACUCGGGAUACAUCAUCGCGGUACUGCGGCUAUGGCAAUGGCAGGAUAUCGGACGCGCCUGUCACUUUAUGCUAGACAGACCAGAGCUUGAAAACCCAAUCCUGCCCGACUUUGUGACAAUUGAUGAAGCAGUGGAGUCCGAAGAUGAGGCAAUGCCUCCACCUAUCAAAUUCCGCAGAGAGUCCGAAGCAAUCUCAGAGGUUUCAGUGAGCUCAGUACCUCCGGACUACACCACCCACCCGCCCGAGGUCGACGAACUCGGCUAUCCGACACAAGCACCUCCGCCGGCGCCCAUUCAGAAUUAUUCCUACCGAAACACUUUCACCUACAUCAAUUACUUGCGCGUACUACAANAGAUCACUCGCCGUAAAGCGCAUCGCUCUCUGCUCUUGGUGUCCUAUAAGUCAUCCAACGUGCUGAAGAAGUCGCUACGGGUGCCUGUGGAUAUGAUGAGAUACUACACGCUCAAGCUCUUCAAGACUCAAGUGCCCUACUGCGGUCGCAAAUGGCGUCAGAGCAACAUGAAGAUCAUCACAGCGGUCUGGCUCAGCGUACCUUCCGAGCUACGCGAUGAUUGGCUUUCUGGCGGUGGUGGUGGUAUGGGCGGCGCUGGUCCUGGAGAUGUGGACGGAACUGUAGAGGAAGCCCUGCCUCUUGAGCAAUCGCUGCGUAGUCUUACGCACUGGUGGAAUGUGCGCAACUAUCCUGACAAGAUGGGUGUGGACAAGAAGUUGGUGAUGGAGGAGCAGGACUUUUUCGCAAAAGAGCUGGAGAAGAUGGAAUUGGGACGCAUAGAGGAUGAAAUGCUCGAUGAGAGUAUGAUUGAGGGUGCAUGGGCCCAGCCUAUGGAAAACUAUGCAUAG